GAGGUUUGUAACAGAUUAGGAGACUCGCGACUCUUUUAUUUAUCUGUUUUAUGCCCGGUUCAGCGCGAUACUUUUAUACGAGUUAUGCAGUUUAUGUUAAUUUUAGACUGUAAACCAGAUAGAGAGAAGACACACAAAAUAGGACGCGAUAAUCUGGAUCAGGAGCCAGACUCAGUGCGACCGCCUACGAGCUCCGUUCCUAUUGGACAGCGCCGGCUCUGAUGAAUGAGCCCCCUGACACUGACAGGGUCUCAAUCAUAACUCAUCUUCAUUUCUCAUUAUUAUCUUAUAUCCAGGCUCUUUCUGUUGCAGCAGGUGGACGUGCUGUUCCUGCACCUGCGGCAGUGAGAGGGCGGGGCUUAGAUUAUUCCACACCUGUACCUGGGGUUACUUAUUAAUAUGAAGUGUGAUUUAACCCUCUGCUGGUGGAGGUAACAGUGGAGUAAGGAGGAGCAGAGGUAUUGGCUAUGGAUCUUCAGUGGGCUCCGGUUGUGUACACUGCGGUCUGUGGUGUCGGUGCCACGGUGCUGCUGGUGAAGUGGGUCAGACACCACCAGGUCCAGAAGAAGAUCCAGCGCGCGCGGAGCAGGAGAGAUGCAGGAUUCAGCCAGGCGCGGAGAGCAGUGCAGGACUUCAAAGAGAAGAAUCCUGGACUUGACCUGAAUCCUAUAAUGGGCCUUUCUCUGGAUCAGCUCACUAAAGAGAUAAAGGCAGGAUCUCUGAAGCCCGCUGCUGUUCUUCAUGCCUACAUGGACAAGGCUCUGGAGCUCGGCAAGACCCUGAACUGCAACACUGGUGUUCUGAUGGAGAGUCUGACGCAACUGUCUGAAAUCGAGUCCCACAAAGACGGCCUUCUUUAUGGAAUCCCCAUCAGCAUCAAGGAGAACAUUGGGUACAAGGGUCAUGACUCUACAUGUGGACUUCUGUGUAAGCUGGAUGACCCUGAACUUUUGGACAGUGUGGUGGUCACUGUCCUGAAGAAGCAAGGAGCAAUUCCCUUUAUCAAAACCAACGUUCCACAGGGCCUUCUCAAUUAUGAAUGCAGCAAUCCUAUUUAUGGGAUGGCUGUGAACCCCAGGAACCUUAAAAAGACGUGCGGUGGCUCAUCUGGAGGGGAGGGUUCUCUGAUUGGAGGUGGCGGCUCUAUCCUGGGACUGGGGACUGACAUUGGUGGAAGCAUUCGCAUCCCAGCAUCCUUCUGUGGCAUCUGUGGCUUGAAGCCCACCUCUAACAGGAUAAGCAUGCGUGGAGUCAGUUCUUCUGUUAAAGGCAUCAAGUCAGUACACUCCUCCAUUGGUCCCAUGGGGCGAGAUGUGGAAAGUUUAGCUCUGUGUAUGAAAGCUUUGCUCUGUAAGGACAUGUUUUCACUGGACCCUACAGUUCCACCCAUACCGUUCAACCAGCAGGUGUAUGAAAGUUCAGAUCCGUUGAGGAUCGGUUACUAUGAGAAUGACGGCUUCAUGCAGCCAUCUCCGAGCAUGGCCAGAGCUUUACGAGAGACUAAGAAGCUUCUGGAACAAGCAGGCCAUACGCUGGUUCCAUUCAAGCCUCCAGAAAUCUAUAACGCUAUGAAUGAUUACAUCACAAAAGGUGCUCUCGCUGAUGGAGGUGGGACCCUUCUCAAGAUGCUGAAGGGCGGCCCGGUUGACCCUUGCCUGCAGCCCCAGAUCCUUCCUUAUAGUUUACCUAACUUUGUUAAGAAAUUUCUCUCCAUCGUCCUCAGACCCAUCUAUCCACGAAUAGCAAAAGCUAUGGAUGCAACUCGUGGAUUCAAGUCCAUUGAGGAACUGUGGAAACAUCAUUUUGACAUUGAGAAUUAUGUCCAUGAGGUGAUGACUCAGUGGAAUGCUCUGGAGCUGGACGCGCUGCUCUGUCCUGCGCUGGGACCUGCCUACAACUUCUAUUUCUGUGGAAAGCUCAACAGUGCCCUGAGUUACACUGCUAUGUACAACCUGCUCAACUUCCCCGCGGGGGUGGUGCCUGUAUCCACCGUAACGGCCGCAGAUGAAGCCCAGCUAAAUGAUUACAAAGGGAACUUUGGAGAUAUCUGGGACAAACUGUUUGUUAAGGCGGUUCGUGGUGGUGAGGGCUUGCCUGUAGCGGUGCAGUGUGUGUCUCUGCCGUGGCAGGAGGAGAUGUGUCUGCGCCUCAUGAGAGAAGUAGAGAAGGUCCAUGCCAACAAGAAGCUCUCCAGCAGCACACACUGAAACACCAACAUGUGCCAACAUGUUACACAAACACACCGAUACAGCCUGUAGCUGAUGGGUUUCUCUUAUUAUGGUACUAUAUAUAAAUGAACACAGAUUAAUAAGUAAUGAACCGCAGAUUGUACCAAUUUACUUAUUUACUUAUUUUUGAGCACUAAAUGUGCUUUUAUUUAAUAAUUAUUAAGAUUGUUUACUGAUUUACUGGAAGAUUACAAAAAAACUAGGCCUUGGCAUGAUGGCUAAGAGGUGGACUUCUGGGAAUUUUAAGUUUGUUGCUAAACGAGUGGUGAGUUGGUUCUGUAGUAUUAAAUACUGCACAGUAACUUAAUUUAAUUUAAACUUAAAUUUUUAUCAUUAUAAUAAUUGUUAAAAUAUAUAUAAUAUAUAAAAUAUAUAUAACCAGCUACCGGUUGCUGCUCGCAUAAAAUUCAAAGUGCUUACAAUCGCCUACAAGGUGAUGACAGUACAGGCUCCUUCCUACCUGCACUCGCUCCUGAAGGCUUACGCUACCUCCCGCCGCUGCGCUCCUCCAAUGAACGUCGCCUCGCUUUGCCAAACACUCACACAAAGCAAUCCAGACUGUUCUCAUACAGAGUUCCCCAAUGGUGGAACUAACUACCUUCCACUACCAGAUCAGGAGAAUCUCUCGCUAUCUUUAAGAAACUCCUGAAGACAGAGCUCUUCAAAGAGCACUUACUCUCCUAACUACUCUAACAAACUAACUAAUUCUAACCUCAUCUCCUUCUUCCUCUUCUCUACUCCUCUAUCCCAUUAUUUCCCUCUGACCUCCUUAAGGCCCUAUCUAUAGAUGCUUUAUUUUUAACUUCUAUUAUUUUUGUACUUAACCUCUUCUAUUAUUUGCACUUCAAUAUUGUAAGUCGCUUUGGACAAAAGCGUCUGCCAAAUGUAAUGUAAUGUUAUGUAAUGUAAUAUAAUCACUUUCAGUAAUUAUACAAACUUGUUCUAGUUGUGUAUAUAAAUUAUUGUAAUUUUUUUUGUAGAUCCAUCAAAGGGAUUAAAAGAAAAAAAUCAAACCAAGCCAGUAGUGGCAUAAAGUUAUCCAAAAGCAGUGUGUAAGACUGGUGGAGGAGAACAUGAUGCCAAGAUUCAUGUAAACUGUGAUUCCACAAAAUAUUGAUUUCUGAACUCUUAAAACUUUAUGAAUAUAAACUUGUUUUCUCUGCAUUAUUUGAGGUCUGAAAGCUCUGCAUCUUUUUUUGUUAUUUCAGACAUUUCUCAUUUUCUGCAAAUAAUGCUCUAAAUUAUAAAGAAAUUUUGGCCGUUAUGAAAGAAAUGUUGUCCGUGCAUCUGGUCCAGUUCUGGGUAAUCAUUACAAGUGUUAAGUAAUCCACUAGUAAAUGUUGCUAUCAUGGUGGUCAAGUUUAGAUUUUUUUGUCUUUUCUAUGAUCUGUUGGUCUUCUUGAUAUAUAAUCUGUCUAAUUUGUCUCAUAUGUAAUUUGUUUAGAUUUUUGGGCCAGUUUUUAUUUGAAUAUGUGUGUUGUUUUUUUUAUUUGUUGGUUUGUUUUUUUCUAACAUAAUCAGAAUCCAUGGUGCCUUGUUGACUACUGACAUGGUUUCUACACUACAUUAUGUACACUACAUAAUAGGUGCUAUGCGUGCCUAUAGACAGAACUUUUUUUUACUUCAUCAGGAGAAAGUUUCUCUUCGGCAGUCUUCGUGUUUCACUUAGCUUGGAAUGGAGCAGUCCCACUGGAAAUCGUGGGAGCAGUGUAUUUUUAUUUGUAUUUUUUUAAAGGCCAGUUUUAAGGAUUUUAUUGGUUUUGUUUUUUUGCUAACAUAAUCAAAAUCUGUGGUACUUUUGUUGACUUAAUGUGAAAUACAUAAAUAUGAAAUAACGUGCUUAGUUACACUAAUUUUGCACUUCAAGUGUAUGUUAAUUAUACACUUUAGUUUACAUUUUUAUUUUUAAUUGUGACUUCUGUUUGUUUCAAUGUAAAAAAAAAAUACAUUACAACAAAAAAACACAUUACAACAUAAGAACUUAUACAGAAUAUGUUAACUAAUUAUUAAUUAACAUUUUUGUCCUAAUUAGACAUUGUCUGACUAUUUAACAAUGUUAACUAAUGCAAUAGUAUAAUAACUAAUAAAAUCUACUUUAAAACAAAAA